AUGAAUGAAGAAGAGGAGGAAUUUGGUAUGAAUAAAAUGUCGCGAGACGCUGAUCCGAUGGAGCACGAGACUAAGAGUAUGAUAAAAAAUCAUUCAGAUUUUAAACUGUUGAAUGCAGAUGAAAUUCGUGCGGCCAUGGCGUCAGAAGAUAAACGUGCAGUGCCUAUGUGGAUGACAGACUUGCCUGUGGAGAAAGAUCCAAGUAAAUGGACAAUUUUAGAGGUACAGAUUCGUCCUGAUCGCUCAUGGGAAGUUAUCAAGGAUCUUGUUGCUACUAUUUGUAUCGGCAAAGGUCUUUUGAUUGCAGAGGAGCAUGUGAAUUGGGUCUUGUUCCGUAAGAAAGUGACACAAGAGUCGAUGGCCCACGGCAUGGCCAAUACUGCCACAUACCUCAAUGUGUACGUCCACAUUGGUGUAUCUCCAUCCAAGUUACGUGUAGUGGAUAUCUGUACGUUGAUAUUGAGUGAGAGCAAUCUGCUUGGUGGCAUAAUACCAGCUGGACGAAGCAGUUUGUGGACUGCUCAAGAUUACAAUCAACCACACAAGUAUGCGCUGGAUCAAUUAUUGGGAGCAUUGCAAUUGAUGCUGCUUAGUCAGUGUCUAUCGCUAAGUCAUUUGUACAUGUCUAGUCCUGACAACUCGAUGGAUUUAGUUGAGAAUGCUGAGCUGGAUGAAGGAUACGUUACGGACUUGAAGAGUGCAUUCAGCAGUGAAAUGAAAGCAAACAUAAGAGACCUGUGUAUUCCCUUGGAAUCAUAUGCGUAUGACCAAGAAUACGCUUGCGCCUUGUUGAUUGGUUUGCUUGAACCAACGCUAAAAAAACACGCAAUCCAGUUGACAGACAGGCCGACAGGGGACGGAAAUGCGGAAAAUGACACGAUCAUGCUUACUGCUAGCGUUGAGAGUGUGUCAAUAGAUAAGGACGACUCAGCUUCGAAAGAGGUGCAGAACUCAUCAGGGCAUGAACGAGAAACUGUAGAUACUCCCACAUCAGUAACCCAGGCAUCUUGCGUAAAAUCUGACAAAACCUAUGGCGAGGUGGUUUCUGAGAUGGUUCAAAAUCUGUGGCGGGUGUGCAAAGAAGAUUGCGAGGUGAGAUUACGGGCAAAGAUUGAAGAGAAGCAGCAGCAAGUGACUGCGCGUGUAGAAGCUGUGCAAGCCUUACGGAUUCGUGCAAUCCGGGCAAUCAUGGAAGCAGAAAAUGCCGAAGUCUCAAGCUUUAACCAGUCUGCAGGCGACGACCGCAAGAGUAAUGUUUUACUAUACGAGGCCUCGUGCAUGGUAAAUGGUAUUCCUGUCACGCUUCACGUGACCUACGGAAACUUGAUGUAUCGGACAAUGGUGCCCGUAUUUGUGCACACAGUUGUGGUUCCUUUUGAAGACGUUGUGAAUGUUGCACAAACUACAUCAUUUGGUAUCCAGGUAGUGUCCGUGGAGCUGGAUUCGACGAAGCAUGCGAAGGCGAUUACAAUAGCAAUGGGACUCGAGGUGGACUUGUUGUACCAGCUUCUGUACGAGCUUUUUACAAUGCACCAAUGUGAGAAGAAGAAAAAAACUGCUUUUUUGCCUUCUCUGCAACAACAAGAGACCGAAAAGAACCCGAGCGAGCUUAAGAAAAUCAUCGUAUCCGACGAAGAGGAAACAAAGGAAGACGAGAUGGCAAGAAUUGAGUCGGUUAUGUCACCCAUUGCCGGUGACGGUUCUGCAGCAGCCAGUGCUUUGUCAGAUUAG